AUGAGGAUCGCCACCUCAGCACUGCUGGUCGGCGCCGCCUCCGCUGUCAACCUGCAGCAGGACACCCAGCAUGUCAUCAGCGAUGCUACUGACAAGGUCAAGGAGCUCGCCUCCUCGUGGGCUGACAAGGUCAAGGACUACGAGGCCGUCUUCGGCGCCAUGACAUCGGAGGCCAAGGCCCUGUGGGACGAGGUCGAGAUGCUCGUUCCAAACGCAUUCGACGCACUCCCUCCCCUGACAAAGCCAAAGAAGCAUGAGCGCAAGCCUGACUCCAAGUGGGACUUUGUCACCAAGGGUGCCGACGUCCAGGCCCUGUGGACUGAGAGCACCGCCGACGCUGAGAGCCACAGGGUGGUUGGUGGAGACCUCGAGGCCUACAACCUGCGCACCAAGGCCGUCGACCCAUCCAAGCUUGGCGUCGAUACCGUCAAGCAGUACUCCGGCUAUCUGGAUGAUGAAGCUAAUGACAAGCAUCUCUUCUACUGGUUCUUUGAGUCGCGUAAUGACCCCAAGAAGGACCCCGUCGUCCUUUGGCUCAACGGCGGCCCGGGCUGUUCGUCCCUGACCGGUCUCUUCUUCGAACUGGGCCCUUCCUCCAUUGACGACAACGUCAAAGUCGUCUACAACAAGCACUCGUGGAACGCCAAUGCCUCUGUCAUCUUCCUCGACCAGCCCGUCAACGUUGGCUAUUCCUACAGCGGAGGCUCUGUCAGCGACACCACGGCCGCCGGCAAGGAUGUCUAUGCCCUGCUGACCCUCUUCUUCCAACAAUUCCCAGAGUACGCCAAGCAAGACUUCCACAUCGCCGGCGAGAGCUACGCUGGCCACUACAUCCCCGUCUUUGCCUCCGAGAUUCUCUCCCACAAGGACCGCAACAUUAACCUCAAGUCCGUGCUGAUCGGUAACGGCUUGACCGACCCCUACACUCAGUACCCUUACUACCGCCCCAUGGCCUGCGGUGAGGGUGGCUACGACGCUGUGCUUAGCGAGAGCGAGUGCCAGUCAAUGGAUAAUGCCCUGCCUCGCUGCCAGUCGAUGAUCAGCCAGUGCUACGAAAGCAAGAGCUGGUUCAGCUGCGUACCUGCAUCCAUCUACUGCAACAACAACAUCCUCGGCACUUACCAGCGAUCAGGCCAGAACCCCUACGAUGUGCGCAUUCCAUGCGAGGGAGGCUCACUCUGCUACCCUGGUCUGGGCAACAUCGACAAGUACCUCAACAAGAAGGACGUUAUGGAAGCCCUCGGCGUCGAGACUGUCGAUAGCUACGACAGCUGCAACUUCGACAUCAACCGUAACUUCCUUUUCAAGGGCGACUGGAUGCAGCCAUUCCACCUGCUCGUCCCUGGCAUUCUCGAGCAGAUCCCUGUCCUCAUCUAUGCCGGUGACGCCGACUUCAUCUGCAACUGGCUCGGUAACGAGGCUUGGUCCAACGAGCUGGACUGGCCCGGCCACAAGGACUUCAAGAGCACCAAGCUGUCACCCCUCAAGGCUGACGGUGAGGAGUACGGCAAGAUCAAGUCCUCCGGGAACUUCACCUUCAUCCAGAUCUACGGAGCCGGCCACAUGGUCCCGUACGACCAGCCCGCUCCUGCUCUGGACUUCUACACGAGAUGGAUCGGGGGAGAAUGGUAUGCGUAA